UUUCAAACACAGCCUUACAGAGCUGCUAGCAUGGCUCAUUUUUUUGAAGUAUUGGUUACAUUUUGUUGUAUUUCAUUUCAUUUUUAUCACUUACAUUACUUUAAAUACAUUUUGUAUGCCCGGGGAAUUCUGCCACACUAUGGUGGCUCAGGACCGCGAUCGAAGCCGAGGAGCUGACGGGCACGGAGAACAGGGGAUUCGGACACAGGUGCCAGGUGCAAGCGUCGGGGAGGACCGCGCCAUCCUGCUGGGCUGCACCAUGAUGGCCUUCUCUGUGCUCAUGUUCUUUGUAGUCGGCAUCACAAUGAUCAAACCCUUUGUUAACAGUGGCUGGGAUGAUGGUAAUGCCAGCUGUGUGCUGCAGAAGAGUGAGAUACUGGAGGAGUGGGUGGACUGCAGAGGUGUGAGCACAGUGCCGUGCCUCAAGGCGACGGUGACGGUUUACUUCAAUGGCUCCACCGAGGAGGCCGUGCUCCACUUAAAUGAGGAUUCUGUUCUCCUCGCGACCGAGUGUUUCUACAUGCCCAAAUGCCAAAUGGACAGAAAAGCACUUCAGGAUCAAGUCCAGAAAGUGAACGGCAGCCUGGACAGUCUGCUCGGGAACAACACCGCAUGUUUAACUGAUCAGACGAGGUACCCCAACCACGCCAUCUUACGCAGGAAGUACACUUUGCAGAUGGUCCUGUUUGCACUGCUGUGGCCCUGUAUACUUCUGGGCGGUGGAGCUCUGCUGGUGGGCCUUGUGAAACUGACUCAGUGUCUAGCCCAUCUGUCCACAGAGGUGAUCAGUGAAGCUGCAGGGAGCCGGCUGACUUCAAGAUACACUCAGGGCAAACUGUACAGGCUGCUCCGUAGGUCCAGCGCACAAUCUCCCUCAUGACAUGUCCAGAGCUUUUGUAAGCCUUUUAACUGGUACAUAAAGUUAUCUAGUGUUGAUUUGUAAAAGGUUAGUCAAAGUAAAAUGUUGGUCUGAAGUGUGAGAAUUGAAAAUCUAUACAGUUUUUGCCUCCUUAUUAAAAAGUGCCUUCCUCUGUUAUUAAA